UUGACCAUAUAUGGUCCGUCUGGCGGUUUGGCGUGCGGCUACAUCCACCCGGCAAAAAGUGGACACGAGACAUCGGUGUGCUCCAGAGACCAGUAAUACAUUAUCAAGCCUUUCACAACCAUGCCAUCCGACUUAGCCAAGAAGAAGGCAGCGAAGAAGAAGGAAGCUGCCAAAGCCCGCCAGCGCACCAAGAAAACUGAAGAGAUAAACGGGGAGGGUGAACAACCAGAAGCUCAGCUUAAUGGAGCAGAGAGCAACGGUGUUGCCAGUUUGACAAAGGAGCUGGAUGAGUUUGAACUGGCGAAGACGGAGGCACGGGCAGUGACAGGCGUUCUGGCCUCACACCCCAACAGCACUGAUGUCCACAUCAGCAGCCUUUCGCUCACCUUCCACGGUCAAGAGCUGCUAGCAGACACCAGCCUGGAGCUCAACUCAGGCAGGCGAUAUGGUCUCAUCGGUCUUAACGGCACAGGAAAAUCCAUGCUGUUGUCAGCCAUCGGGCAUCGUGAGGUUCCCAUUCCAGAGCACAUAGAUAUUUACCACUUGACCCGGGAGAUGGCCCCCAGCGAGAAGACGGCUCUUCAGUGUGUCAUGGAGGUGGAUGAGGAGAGGAUUAUGCUGGAGAAGGAGGCGGAGAGGCUUGCCCAUGAGGACUCCGAAUGUGAGAAGCUGAUGGAGCUGUAUGAGCGUCUGGAAGAGUUGGAUGCAGACAAGGCAGAGGUGCGAGCCUCUCGAAUCCUCCACGGUUUGGGUUUCAGCGCUGCCAUGCAGCAGAAGAAACUAAAGGACUUCAGCGGAGGGUGGAGGAUGCGUGUCGCUCUGGCCAGAGCGCUGUUCAUCAAACCCUUCAUGCUGUUGCUGGAUGAGCCCACUAACCACUUGGAUCUGGAUGCUUGUGUGUGGUUGGAGGAGGAGCUUAGUUCGUUCAAGCGAAUCCUCGUGCUCAUCUCACACUCUCAAGACUUCCUGAACGGUGUGUGCACCAACAUCAUCCACCUGCAUCAGAGAAAACUGAAAUACUACACGGGUAACUAUGACCAGUAUGUGAAGACCAGAGAGGAGCUGGAGGAGAACCAGAUGAAGCGCUUCAACUGGGAACAGGACCAGAUCACACACAUGAAGAAUUACAUUGCCAGGUUUGGUCACGGCUCUGCAAAGCUGGCACGACAGGCGCAGAGCAAAGAGAAGACGCUGCAGAAGAUGGUCGCCUCAGGCUUGACUGAGAAAGUUGUGAAUGACAAGACUCUGUCAUUUUAUUUUCCUCCCUGUGGGAAGAUUCCUCCUCCUGUUAUCAUGGUUCAGAACGUGAGCUUCAAGUACAGUGACAACACACCGCACAUAUAUAAAAACCUGGAGUUUGGUAUUGACUUGGAUACUCGAGUGGCUCUGGUGGGGCCUAACGGAGCAGGGAAGUCCACACUGCUGAAGCUGCUGAUGGGAGAGCUCCUUCCCACCGAUGGCAUGAUCCGCAAACAUUCUCACGUCAAGAUUGGCAGAUAUCACCAGCAUCUGACAGAGCAGCUGGAACUGGACCUGUCUCCUCUGGAGUACAUGAUGAAGUGUUUCCCUGAGAUCAAAGAAAAGGAGGAGAUGAGGAAGAUCAUUGGUCGCUACGGGCUGACAGGGAAGCAGCAGGUCAGUCCGAUCAGGAACUUGUCAGAUGGUCAGAAGUGCCGGGUGUGUUUUGCCUGGCUGGCCUGGCAGAACCCUCACAUGUUGUUCCUUGACGAGCCCACCAAUCACCUGGAUAUCGAGACUAUCGACGCUCUGGCAGAAGCCGUCAACGAGUUUGAGGGCGGCAUGAUGCUCGUCAGCCACGACUUCAGGCUAAUUCAGCAGGUGGCUCAAGAGAUCUGGGUGUGUGAGAAUCAAACCAUCACAAAAUGGAACAGGGACAUCCUGGCAUACAAGGAGCACUUGAAAUCAAAGAUCGAAAAGCAGCAAGCGCAUGAUAUCUGAAGAAAAUCGUCGCACUCUGAGCCACUCCUUUAUCUUGCAUCAUGGAUUUGACCUGCAGGCGAUGAGCAGGGUUUACACUGCAGGAAAUGUCAUAACUAGAACUGAAACAAUCUCUUAUGCAUCUUAUUGGACACGUCUCUUGUACAUGUUGUACUGUAUUUCCAUCUUGGUUUUGACAGUGCCGCACCGUGCUGACCCCCCCUUCUCCCCUUUCACCUCAGGCUGCACUCUGAUUGGCUGAUUCACCCGAAGCAUCUCAGUGCAUUUUGGAAUGCAUUCCAUUGUGCUGUCUUCAUAGAAAAGUUUUAUUUUUCCGAACGUUCUGUUUUAUCCCAACAUGCAGCAGCUUUUUAGGUCAUAUUUUAUGAUAUUUAAAAGUUGACUUUUUUCUGUGUAAAAGAGCAGUUCUGCCUUAUUUAACAAUGUAAUGCAAUAAAGGUUUGUCUGAAUAAACAGAACAUAAAAACUGCA